CCAGGCGUCCUGCCGGCGAGACGCGGGAAUCACUGGGACCCCAGGCUGGGGGUCGGGUUGCAGGCCUGCGGCGUCUCAGUCGUUGUCAGAGUCCUCUCUGUCUCCCGCUCUCCGAGGGGUCUUUUCCACGAAGGCUGGGCGAUGCCGGGGAACCGGCAGCCAAGGGUCCGCUCCGGGAACGAGCCUCAUCCCGCACCCGCCACGGAGCCGGCGAGUGGCGGGGCUUGGGCCCACAGCCGCGCCGCACUCGACCGGCUGGAGAAGCUGCUGCGCUGCUCUCGUUGCACUAAUACUCUGAGGGAGCCUGUGUGUUUAGGAGGAUGUGAACACAUUUUCUGUAGUAACUGUGUGAGUGACUGCAUUGGAACUGAAUGUCCAGUGUGUUAUACCCCAGCCUGGAUAGAAGAUGUGAAGAUAAAUAGACAACUGGACAGCAUGAUCCAGCUCUGUAGUAACCUUCGAAAUUUGCUACAUGAGAAUGAGUUUUCAGAUUUAAAAGAAGAUACAUCUAGAAAAAGUUUAUUUAAUGAUGCAGAAAAUAAGAAGAAUUCAAUAAAAAUGUGGUUUAGUCCUCGAAGUAAGAAGGUCAGGUACGUUGUGAGUAAAGUUUCAGUGCAAACCCAGCCUCAAAUGAUAAAUGAUGGAAAUGCUCAGCAGGCCUCAGUGUAUGAAUAUGCAGCUUCUGCAAGUCCUCCAGUGGAGGUUUCUGCGAGGGCUAAAAAGGCUUCUACAAGGGCUAAAAAGGCUUCUACAAGAUCUGGAAAAAAAGAAAACAAGGAAACUUUAGCUGAAGUCAACCAAGAAUUGAAUUUAGAGGCAGAGAAAAAAGAUGGUGAACUUGACUCCAAAGAGGAAUGGAAGGAAGAGCGGGUAUCUUUCUUUAGCCAACCAUCUGGGAUUGCUGGUCCUCAGCUAAAUGGUGAAGUAGACAUACUAGCAAGUGGCUCUGUAACAGAAUUGGAAUGUUUGGGAAGCUUAACCGAAGGCUCUUUACCAUUGGCUGAGCAAAUAGAGUCUCCAGAAAUUGAGAACAGGAAUGAAGUAGUGACUCCCGAGAAGAAUCUCCAUGAAAGUUGUCUUACAUCUAAGAAAUCCGUGCCCUCAGGUCGUACCGGAAAACGUGGGCGUUGCAGGAGACGUUCCGGUCCCAUUUCUAAGAGAGGUAGAAGCAGCACCUCCAGCCCCAGUGGCAAUUUAGUUAAGCAAGCAGUGCUCCCAGAAAACAUGCCGUUGCCUGGCUGUUCUUCACCACCUUCAAGCAAACUUAAAGUUGGUGACACAUUAAGGAGGAAAAAUAGUCAUGUGUUAGAUGAAGCCAUUAGCCCUUCCUCAGGUGUACCUCCUCCUGCACUGAGCAGCCCGAGUUACAGACGAAUGAUGUCCAGCUCCUCAGCAAUGACGCCCUUGCCCAGGAGGCUGAUGGCUGUGAAGAGAAAUCACAGAGGAGAGACUUUGCUGCACAUUGCCUCAAUUAAGGGCGACGUACCUUCUGUUGAAUACCUUUUACAAAAUGGAAGUGACCCAAAUGUUAAGGACCAUGCUGGAUGGACACCAUUGCACGAAGCCUGCAGUCAUGGGCACCUGCAGGUGGUGGAGUUGCUUCUGCAGCACCACGCGCUGGUGAACACCACCGGGUACCAGAACGACUCGCCACUCCACGAUGCGGUCAAGAACAAGCACGUGGAGAUUGUCAGGCUGCUGCUUUGCCAUGGCGCCUCCAGGAACGCCGUUAACAUAUUUGGUCUGCGACCUGUGGAUUAUACAGACAGUGAAAAUAUGAAAUCGCUGUUGCUGCUACCAGAGAAGAAUGAAUCAUCGUCAACUAGCCAAUGCCCAGUAGUGAACACUUGUCAGCGUAGGGGUGGACCUCUUGUACUUGUAGGCAGUGGGCUUUCUUCAGAACAACAGAAAAUGCUCGGUGAGCUUGCAGCAAUUCUCAAGGCUAAAAAAUGUGCUGAGUUCGACAGUACAGUAACUCAUGUCAUUAUUCCUGGUGAUAAAGUUCAGAGCACCUUGAAAUGUAUGCUUGGGAUUCUCAAUGGAUGCUGGAUCCUAAAAUUCGAGUGGGUGAGAGCAUGUCUACAAAGCAAAGAAUGUGAGCAGGAAGAAAAGUAUGAAAUUCCUAAAGGACCACAGAGAAGCAGGCUCAACAAAGAACAGCUGUUGCCAAAGCUGUUUGAUGGAUGUUACUUCUUUUUUGGGGGAACCUUCAAACACCAUCCGAAGGAUAAUCUUAUUAAGCUUGUCACUGCAGCUGGGGGCCAGAUCCUCAGUAGAAAGCCCAAACCAGACAGUGACGUGACUCAAACCAUCAAUACAGUCGCGUACCACGCCAAACCAGAUUCUGAUCAGCGCUUCUGCACACAGUAUAUCAUCUAUGAGGAUUUGUCUAAUCAUCUCCCAGAGAGGGUUCGGCGGGGCAAAGUCUGGAUGGCUCCUUCCAGCUGGAUUAUCGAUUGUGUGAUGUCCUUUGAGUUGCUCCCUCUUGACAACAAAUAGGACACCAGACGAACCUUUCACAGCGAACUUAGUGAGAGAACCCAGUCAUUACGCUAUGUUGAUCAUUCACAUUUUUAUAAGUACUCAUUCAUAUGUUUUUUUCCUUGAAUUAAAAAAUAUGCCAGAUUAGGAAUUUAUUCUGUGUUUACCAGUUAGAUGAUAGAUUACUUUGAAGGAUUUUUUUAAAACUGGUGUGUGUUUUGAUUCAUCAUGUUUUUCUACUCAAAUUAUCAGCUGUCAAAAAUUAAUAAGAAGGUAUUAAAACUAUUGGUUAAUAUACAAGUGGUAUUAUUGCCUCAGCCUUUUAAUGUUCUUUGUUGGAAGAUGCACAUCUGCCACCAGCAAAAAUACUUGCUAUCCUUUAGUAAACAAAGUAUGUUGUCAAACAAUGUAUUCUGGCUUUAUUGUAAUGCAAAUAAAGUGCCUGGUCUACAUGUUUCA